AUGGCAAGAAAUAAGAUAAAUGUUCCAUUAAUUGAAUUUUUAAAAAAUAGAGUUUAUCUUGGAGCUUAUGAUUAUGUACCAUCAGAUACAAAAGAUUUGGUUUAUUUUACAGUUGAAGAUACUUUACCGUAUAAUUCAUUUCAUUUGGAUUUUGGACCAUUAAAUAUAAGUAAUUUAUAUAGAUUUGCAGUUGUUUUACAUAAUAUUUUAAAUGAUGAUUCAAAUCAAGGUAAAGGUGUUGUAUUUUAUUCUUCAACUAAUCCUCAACAAAGAACUAAUGCUGCUUGUCUUUUGUGUUGUUAUAUGAUAUUAGUUCAAUCUUGGUCACCUCAUCAAGUAUUACAACCUAUUGCACAAUUUGAUCCUCCAUUUGCAAGUUUUAGAGAUGCUGGUUAUUCCAAUGCUGAUUAUGAAAUCACUAUACAAGAUAUUGUUUAUGGAAUGUGGAGAGCAAAACAAAGAAAUAUGGUUGAUUUGACUUCUUUUAAUCUUGAAGAAUAUGAGCAAUAUGAAAGAGUUGACCAAGGAGAUUUUAAUGUUAUUUCAAAAGAUUUUAUUGCAUUUGCAUCACCACAACAAAACAAGAAAACAAAUACAUUGAAUCAACCAUUUAAAAAAGUUUUAAACUAUUUUCAACAAAAUAAUGUUCAAUUAGUUGUUAGAUUGAAUUCUCAUUUAUAUGAUGCAAAAGAAUUUACAUCAAGAAAUAUUCAACACAUUGAUAUGAUUUUCGAUGAUGGUACUUGUCCAACUUUGGAAUAUGUUCAAAAAUUUAUUGGAGCAGCAGAAUGUGUAAUAAAUAAAGGUGGUAAAAUAGCAGUACAUUGUAAAGCAGGAUUAGGUAGAACAGGAUGUUUAAUAGGUGCUCAUUUAAUUUAUACCCAUGGUUUCACAGCAAAUGAAUGUAUAGCAUAUAUGAGAAUGAUAAGACCAGGAAUGGUAGUUGGACCACAACAACAUUGGCUUUAUUUAAAUCAAAAUUAUUUUAGAGAAUGGAGAUAUACAAUGGUAUUAGAUAAUGUACCUGAUGAAUUUAUAGGAGGAUUAUUUUCUUUAACUUCAUAUGAUGAAUUCAAACAAAGAAUGAAAGAACAAAAACGUAAAACUUUAAAAGAACAACAGCAACAACAAUUACAACAAUUACAGCAACUGCAAUCACAACCAAUAAAUUCAUCAUUCGCAGCACUUGAUUCAUCGUUCACAAAUACACCAAUAAGAAGGCGUAAGAUAAGUGGAGCACUAGCUUCUAAAAUACAAACAGCCGUUCCAAUGAUAUCACCUGGCCAACCAAGAAAAUAUAUUGAAGAACCAGAGGUUGAAGACGAUGAUAUUGUAAUAAAUAAUAACUCAGAUGAUGAAAAUAUAAUGGAAGGUAUUAUAAGAUCUACACCAGCAAGAGAAACUACUCCACAUUCAGAAAGAAGAAUAUUAAGAUCAAUAUCUGCUAAUACUCAACAACCUAUUCAAUUGACUAAAACUACAACCACUACAACAACAAGAACAGUAAGUACUACUUUAUCAUCAUCACCAAAUAACCAAUCAAAUGGAUCACCAACUAAUGGAUUGAAAAUAAAUAAAUCAAGAUCAGUUAAACCGAGAAUAAAUCUGGGCACACCAAAUUCAACAAGAGUCAAUUCAGGUGGGAUUAGAAAAAUAAGUGGUAAGAAAUGA